AUGGAGGGCACGCCACCGAACCCCGGCAAGGUCGUUUGUCCUUUAGAGCGGCCACCCGCGAUGACUGGCAGGUCCGUCUUUUUCGCCGGCACAACGAGCAAAGGAGACUGGCGCAAACAUCUCGCCGACUCCAUCUCCCAUCUCCCGGUGACUGUCUUCAACCCUUUCCGCCCGGACUGGGACAGCACCUGGAGGGAAGACGUCUCGGAUGCGAGGUUCAAAGGCCAGGUCGAGUGGGAGCUCGAGAUGCAAGAGAGGGCCGACAUCAUCGUCGUUUACUUCGAGCCAGACACCGAGGCGCACAUCAGCCUGCUCGAGCUGGGUCUAUGUGCUCGGUCUGGCAAGGCCAUCGUCGCGUGCUCCGAGGGAUACAAGAAACGAGGGAACGUCCAGGUCGUGUGUGCGAGGUAUGGCAUUCCGCUGGUUGACAGCUACGAUGCUUUGCGAGAGAGGCUGGUCAGCGAGCUGCAGGGGGCUAGCAUCAAUUCCAAGACUCGAUGA